AUGGUUGUCGAGAAGCAAAGCUGGAUUCUGAGCGCAAGUGGACCGUCGUGUAAGCAAAGUUGCUGCGUGUGUGGUGAGGUGGAAAGACCCUCUGAACACAUCAUCGACGUCGAGCCUAGCAAGCGGCCAUCGGUACGCUCCUACUUUCCCGGAGCUCGAGUCUUCCGGACAUCUCUGAAUGUCGAGCAUCGGCGAGGUCCGACGUGGAUUGUCACUCUGAUUUGCCGCAUGAGCUGCGCUGGUUGGGAGGGGGAGUCGUUGCGCAAGACGCGAGGAAAUAAACCCGCUCUGCAGCCAGCGGAACGGUCUGACCCGAAAGAACUUGAGACCUCUGGCGCACCAUUAAAGCUCAGCAAAGGGACCGACCGGUCCGGCCCAGUCGACCUCUUCCGACCGCGCGACGACAACUGA